UUCACACAUAGGCGGCAGGGCGCUCGGGUCUGCCGGAGCUCAGACCUGCACACACACACACACACACAUCCACACACAUACACACACCUAGACACUUGUCGCAUUCACGCACCAGCGCACACCUUUCACACAUUUUCAGGCGGCGCAGCCCUCCUUCCCUCCCCUCCCCUCUUUGCAGCCGCCCCGGCGACCCCUCGCCAUUGGCCGAGUCCCGGAGCCCUCAGCAUCUCCAUCACGGCUGACGGGAGCAUUCGUGGAGAAGCAGGAGACAGAGGUGGACUAUGAGGAUGUUCGCGCGGCUCAUACUCGGACUCCUCGUCCUGAAAGCGGCAGCGGCCAGCCCCAGAUUUUCCCGGCAAGCGGACUUGGACACGUAUGACGGCAACUAUGACGAGGACCUGGACAAUAUCGACGUGGAGAAUGAGAAUAUGUACGACUACGAAGAUGGACUGACAAUCGAUGAACCUCAGAUAGAGGUUGAGACGUUGGACCCACCGGACUAUAGCUAUCCAGAACCUGAAGGCUCGCAGGAGGUGAAGUUGGAGGAAGAGGAGGAGGAAGAGCUGCCCAGAUUCAUCCAGCCUGUCCCUCAGGGUUCCGGGGGAUCUGGUGUUCUCAUGGGUCCAGACACUCAAAAAGAGGUGGAGCUGCGUCUGACGCCCAUUGAAAUUCUUCCUAUCUCCGGGGAUCUUGAGGCCUCGGGAGCCUCGGGAGCCUCCGGGGCCUCUGGGUCCGGAGCCUCGGGAGACAUACUGGUCUCUGGAGCCUCUGGGGGUUCUGGGGACAUUAUCCUGAUCUCCGGGGCCUCUGAGGAGCUGCUCACCUCUGGGGAGCCCUCAGAGUUCUUGUUAAGCGGAGACGUGUUGAUAUCUGGGGACUUCUCUGGAUCUGGAGAUGCCAUGGGCUCCGCUGCUUCUGGGGCCUCGGGAGACUUCGUCUCCGGCGGCUCUGGGAUCAGCGUAGAAAUCCCCCUUGGCUCUGGAGAAUCUGGAGACCAGUCUGGCUCUGGGUCCUCUGGAGAAUAUUUGAUCCCAUGGGCCUCUGGAGGCUCCGGGGAGUCCGGGGACUCGGGUGAGUCCGGACUCUCAGGGGCAACUUUGUUACCUGGAGAGGAGGAGCUGCAACUCAUUCCCGACACCACCCCCCAGGAGGUGUCAGGAGCUUCCGGGGAGAUCUCGGGAGCCUCGGGAAUCUCAGGGGCCUCAGGGGAUCCGGAAGCCUCUGUAGAUGUAGAGAUCUCUGGAACCUCAGGGAUUUCUGGUGUCUCUGCCUCCGGAGACAUCGAUGUCCCUGUGGUAACUCUGAUCCCUAAACCUGAGGAAGAGCUGCUUCCAACCUCAACAGAAGCCCCUCACGAGGGGGCUGGCAGUGUAGAGGAGACAGAGGGCUCUGGGCUGCCAGAGCCCGUUGAGCCCCUUGAGCCCCUUGAGCCCGUUCAGCCCGUUGAGCCUGUUCAGCCUGUAGAACCAGUAGAACCCGUACAACCAGUGGAGCCUGUAAAGCCUCUAGAGCCAGAGGAGCCUGAUGAGCCUGACAGAAAAGGUAUGCCCACUUGCUUGCUGUGCACGUGCCUCGGUGGCUCGGUCUACUGUGACGACCUGAGGCUGGACAGCGUGCCGCCGCUGCCCAAGGACACCACUCACUUCUACGCCCGCUACAACAGAAUCACCAAGAUCAACAAGUCCGACUUCGCCUCCAUGAACAAGCUGAAGAGGAUCGACUUGACGGCCAACGAGAUAACCGUCGUCGAGGACCGAGCGUUUAUGGGUCUGCCCGAGCUGGAGGAGCUGGUGAUCCGAGAAAACCACAUCCCACAGCUGCCGUCUCUCCCAGAGACCAUGACCCUGAUUGACGCCAGCCAGAACAACAUCGCCUCGAAGGGCAUUCAUAAAGAGGCGUUCAAGGACAUGACUGGCCUGCUGUACCUGUACCUGACGGACAACAACAUCGACUACAUCCCGGUGCCUCUACCGGACAGCCUGCGGUCUCUACACCUACAGCGUAACAACAUUCAAACGAUGCACCAGGACACGUUCUGCAACCUCAACGACUUCAACUACAUCCGGAACGCGCUGGAGGACAUCCGUCUGGACGGGAACCCCAUCAACCUCAGCCGGACCCCCCAGGCCUACAUCUGCCUGCCCCGCAUACCGGUCGGGGACCUCAUUUAGCCGCGCACAACCCCCUGCACGCACACGCUAACGUACCUGUACAUACUGACACGCAGACUCACAGCUCAAACCUCAGCUGCAUUUUAGUGUGUUUGUAAGAAAACUGUCGGAAACGCUGCUGACUUUGGGGACAAAACUGUACAAAACUGUUAAGAAAUUUGUGUCACUUUUCACCUAAAAACCACAUACGACCGCGAUUACGGAGACAGAGCAUGUAGACGCCGCGUCAUCUACUUCCUGAUGUGCAGUUUACAGACGGAAACCAUCACUCAGACACACACACACAUGCACACAUGCACACACACACACACACACAACUUCCUCAAAAGGCCGAACUCUUCCACAACUUGAGAGAAAACUGAUUAUUAAAUCCUUUUUUUUUCCUGUUCAGUGUCUUUCGUGACUGGAAACUUAAACCAACCAGUAACCAGUUAAAUGUUUUACAAUAUGAUUGUUUUUGUAAAAACACCAACUAACAUCAAGAUUAACGACGAAUCCUUUUAUAUGACCUAUAGUUGCAUUAUUGAAGCUGGAGCUUAACAAAAGGUAAAUCUGACGCAAUAAAAGACGCAUUUAAACACAA